GGUUUGAUUGGGGAUGUGUGGGUUGGGGUUGAUAAAGGGGGUCCUCAAAGAGUAUGCCCCAAAGCCUAAGCCAAAACCCAAAGCCUGAGCUUUGAUUUGCCGAGAGAAUCCAAAGGAUUUCUCUUAACAAUAACAAGAACUCGAGCUUCAGACUCUCUCUUUCCUUCACAAUACACACACAUAUACAUAUACAAAUUCAGGAAGAAGCAUAUACACCAAAGCAUUUACAUACAUGUAUACAUACAAAUAGAGAGAGGGAGAAGAAAAAGGGAUUGUUCCAUUCAAGAAAUUUCAGUCAGGUCCUCCUCUUCUUGCUUCUUAUCCAAUAUGCAUAUGGUUACCUAUUUUUAGCAGUGAAUUGCGGCCAUCUGAAAAAGAGAGUGGGAUAUAGAUUGGAUUUAUUCGAAAAAAGAGGUGCUUCCUUUGGUGCCAUAAGGAACAUGUUGGAAGAUAGAGCUUGUUUGGUAUCAAGGGACUAUCGGAGGACUUGUGAGCAAGAAAAUAAGUGGCAUUUCAUGAGUUACCAGCUUGAAAAUUUUGAAUUACAACAAGGUAAGCGACCAUUAGAAACAAAGGGAGAGGAAGCUGUCAUCAGAAAGGUGUCUCAGAAAUCUGGGUGUCAAUUGAAUACUGCCUUAUCAAUCGGUGGAAUUCUAAUGCCUCCUGGUGACAAUUCUGAUAAUCAGCAACAUUCAGGGGAUAAUUCUGAUUCCAGUUCCCUGAUUCCUGCUAUUGGCCGUGAUAACUCAAUUAGUUGUCUCAUUCGGUGCUCCAGAGCUGAUUAUGGCGCUAUUGCAGCUUUGAACAAGAGUUUUCACUCACUCAUUAGAGGUGGUGAGCUGUACAGAUUAAGGAGGAAAAAAGGUGUGGUUGAGCAUUGGGUAUAUUUUUCCUGCCAGUUGCUCGAAUGGGAAGCCUUUGACCCUACUCGCCGUCGAUGGAUGCAUUUACCUCUAAUUGAUCCUCGAAUGGAUCCUAAUAAUUGUUUUGUGUUUUCCGAUAAGGAAUCUUUGGCAGUUGGCACUGAGCUUCUCGUUUUCGGAAGGGAUCUUAUGUCUCAUGUGAUAUAUAAAUACAGUUUGCUGACGAACACUUGGUCUUCAGGAAUGAGUAUGAAUGCACCUAGGUGUUUGUUUGGAUCUGCCAGCCUCGGGGAGAUUGCAAUAUUAGCCGGUGGUUGCAAUUCAAGUGGUAAUAUCCUCAGUUCUGCAGAGCUCUAUAAUUCUGAGGAAGGAACUUGGAAAACACUGGAGAAAAUGAAAAAACCAAGGAAGAUGUGUUCUGCAGUGUUCAUGGAUGGAAAAUUUUACGUAAUUGGAGGAAUUGGAGGAACUGAUUCGACGCUUCUCACAUGUGGAGAGGAAUAUAAUUUGGAAACAGAGACUUGGACUGAAAUCUCUAACAUGUCCCCGGUGAGGACUGGUGAAGCAAGGGAAAAUGACACACCUGUUACAGCUGAAGCUCCACCUUUGAUUGCUGUUGUAAAUAACGAAUUGUAUGCUGCUGAUUAUGCAGACAUGGAGGUGAGAAAAUACAACAAGAUCAGUAAGGAAUGGGUUACUGUAGGAAGCUUACCAGAAAGAGCCAAUUCUAUGAAUGGUUGGGGUUUGGCAUUUAGAGCAUGUGGCGAUAGGCUUAUUGUAAUUGGAGGGCGUAGAACUUUUGGUGGUGGAUAUAUUGAAGUCAAUUCUUGGGUUCCAAGUGAAGGUCCACCACAGUGGGUUUUGCUUGGUCGAAAGCAAUCUGGCAAUUUUGUUUAUAAUUGUGCCGUGAUGGGAUGCUGAAGAUUUAUAUUGUGGUGGCAUCAAGUGUACUGCCUUGUGCUGAUGGAUACAAAAUUGUUUUCAGGAUGCACUGAAAUUCCUACUAAAGGUUAAUUUGUUUGAGGAUAGGAAGAAUUAUCUGGCUUUACUCAAGAUUCAAUUGAAUGUUUUCUUUGAGAUAUUCUCGAGUACUAUUUUUUAAAACUAAAGUGAUCUUCAGUUCAAGGAACAUGACAAGAGAAAGAGUUCCAAUAAUAAUUUAAGAGAUAGGUUGGUAGGUUUCCAUUAGCGUAUUCUGAAGAUUUACCUAAAACAUCAUAGAUUUUUGUGUUUUUGUUUCAUAAUUCUCAAUUUCUUUGCAUAUUGUCUUGAAGGCAGAAAAUAAGUCUCGACAUAGGAACACCGCAUUUGUAAUGAUCACAAUUAUUCUCUCAAUUGAUGGACUAUAAAAUUCUGUUUUUCUUUAG